AUCUUACUAAACAUUGACAAUGAGGAGGUGACGGUGUCCUUAGCUCUGACAAAGACUAGUCUACACAACCGAAAUCUCGUGGCUUUUGGGCCGACUACUCUUCGAGCAACCAUUUGCUACAAUAUGCUCAGGUUGUGCCGUAUCAAGAAUGGUGACUUUAUUUGUGACCCGAUGUGCGGCACUUCAGCCAUUCCCAUUGAAAGUGCUGUGAACUGGGUCAACUGCUACCAUUUUGGCGGGGAUUUCCAUGAGAAGGCCAUAGAGAGGACGAUCACGAACAUCAGUGCAAUUCAGGAAAAACUCCAGGCUGAGGACAAGGGAACAUUGAAGAUUGAUGCUGUGCAGUGGAACAUCCAGCACUUUCCUCUGAGAGAUAAAUGUGUCGAUGUGUUUGUUUCUGAUCUGCCCUUUGGACAUAGGAUGGGAUCUCGCACUGUGAACCGCACUCUGUAUCCGUGCCUGUUGUCAGAAAUGGCACGCACUGCACGCUCCGGGGCCAGGGCUUGUCUACUCACAGAGGACAAGACCAGUCUCAUCAAGGCCAUUCAAGCAACGGGCAGGUAUUGGCAGCGAAGGCUAAUCCUCAGCAUCAACAUCGGAGGUUUGUCCGGGUUUGUCUUUCUUCUGACCCGCACGGCUGCUGCAAUGGCACCUGCUGCUUCUGCCUGGAGACCAGGCACAGAGGAUGGCUCAGCCAUUGCGGAACAAAACGAUUUGCCAGCUCAAGACGCCCACGAUCAAGUCAAUGGUGCCUCAACCCAAGGAGAGGUUGUUGAUGUUGCAGCAACAGAAGGAGAAAAGGGUUCAGGUGCUAGCGCUGAGGCUGAGACAUCCAUGUAAAUGUCAGGGAGACAGCAGAGUGUUUGUGGAUAGUUUUCAGACAACCAGAAAUUGUUCAGUUAGUUGUUCACUUUCUGUUGCUAUUAACUUGAUUGGUAAAUUAGUGUGUUGAUCCUUCAUGUUGGGGGUUUGGGUUUUGUUUUGUUUUGGGGGUUUUUUUUGUUAUUUAUUUAUUUUUUGUUUUUUGUUUGGUGUUCUAUCCAAAGUAAUCUUUGUGAAUUUUGCUUUUGACAAAGUACUGUACAUUCUUUCUCAUUUGUAUUUUGCUUUUAUGAUAUUAAUUGGCUCUUUAGUUGCCCAGUGUUUCUCCUGUUAUCAACUUCGCGGAUGAUAUUUUGAGGUCAUGCCACUACGAGAUGUGCUUUAGUGAAGUCUAUUACUAUUAGCACCAUAAGUUAAAGUUACCAGCCUUUUGCUUAAAAGGUCAGGACUUCAGUUCCUGACUGCGCUGAAUUAUAUGUUGUAUCUCUGGAAAAGGUUAUUAACCAAAAAUGUUGGCAUUGCACCCUUUUGCAAAUUCAACAACAUCUGUUGGGUGGUACAACCAGCAACUGACAGGUGUCCAAUGGAGAAGAUAUCUUGUGUUCUUCUAUGCAUUAUAUUAUGAGUAUGAGAAUAGUGAUAAGAUGCAGCUCUGUGAGAUUUUUGUCCCCAGAACAGAGUCCUGACACUUUACUCUAUAGCUUCCAGUUUCAUUUGUUCUGAUUGGAAUACAGUGGAAUCCUGUUAUAACAAGAGGGAGGGGACCGGUGCAAAAUGUCCAUUAUAGCAGGAUUCUCGCUAUAAGAGAUCC